AUGGCGAAAUCAAAAAAUGCGUUGGCCGCUGCCUCAAAGGCCAUUGACCCCACGCUCAGUGCACUAUUCGCAUCCAGCGCUGGACCAGUGAAGGUGCCCUCACAGCCUCGAGUUGGAGCACCGCCCAAGCCGAAAAGCUCAAGCGCCGAGAAAACAAACGAAGAGGAUGCCAAUGACAGUGGCGACGACGAAGUGCUCUCUGAAAUCAGCGAAGAACUCGAUUAUGACGAUGAAGAGGAAGCAGACGACGAUGUUGCUGAGGAAAAGGAUGACGAAGACGAUGAUGCCAAAGACGAGGAUUCCAUGUCGGUGGAUGCGGCAGAGCAGGCCAACGACAACAUUCAGGACGGCAAGACGAAGCGGGAGAGAAAGCGCAAGAGAAAGCAAGACAACGACGACCUAGAAGAGAAAUAUCUGGCUAAACUUGCCGAUGAUGAUGAAUCAGAGCCAUCUGGCAAGCGCCAGAAAGGAGAGGGCGAAGAUGUCAAGGAGAGAGCCAGCGAAGAAGAUGAAGUUCCCGUGCACGAAUCUCUCACACAAGAGAGCAAGCAAUCCGAAGUGGAAAAGGCCGCUCGAACCGUCUUUCUGGGCAAUGUCGCCACGGAAGCCAUCUCAUCCAAGUCGGCAAAGAAGGAACUCAUGAAGCAUCUUGCUUCUGUCCUGGACAAGGAUGCAUCACCGCCACAAAAGAUUGAGUCUCUGCGUUUCCGCUCUGUAGCCUUUUCAACUGGUUCCAUGCCCAAGCGCGCAGCCUAUAUCACAAAGGCCCUGAUGGACGCCACCACAAAAUCCACAAAUGCGUACGCAGUGUUUUCAGAUCCUGCGGCUGCUCGGAAAGUGGUCACCGAGCUCAACGGCACUGAAGUCCUGGGCCGCCACAUCAGAGUAGAUAGCGUCGCACAUCCUAGCCCGAUGAACCAUCGCAGCUGCGUCUUCGUCGGAAACCUUGGCUUCGUUGACGACGAGACCGUCUUGAACACGAAAGCCGACGGAGAGACAGUCGAGAAGAAGCGCAACAAGGUGCCUUCGGACAUUGAAGAAGGCCUGUGGCGCACCUUUGGUACCAAAGGAAAAGUCGAGAAUGUCCGUGUUAUACGGGACUCAAAGACCAGAGUAGGCAAGGGUUUCGCCUACGUGCAGUUCUAUGAUGCCAAUGAUGUUGAGGCUGCUCUUUUGCUUGACAAGAAAAAAUUUCCCCCAAUGCUUCCUCGAGCCCUCCGUGUAACAAGAGCAAAGGACCCGCGCAAGACGGCUCUGGCUGCAGAGCGGGCCAGGUCCAAGGCAGACAACGCCGACGGCGCUAGCCGCAGCACAAAAUACAAGCCCAAGGCAACGCCAGAAGAACAGGCCGCCGCUGGGCGAACUCGUAAGCUGCUGGGCCGGUCUGCGGCUGCAAAACAGCGAUUUGGCGGCAAGAAGAGGUCAUUCUCAUCUGCUGCAAAGGACGUUGGGGCUGGUGGUGAAAUCAAGACUCCGGAGCGUAUAAUUUUUGAGGGGCGGAGAGCCUCUCAGAAGGAUGGUCUACCAAAGGACCUCAAGUUGGGUAAGAAAAAUAAAAAGGGCAAGUCAGCACGGCCCCAGCACCGAGGCGCCAGAAGGGCCGCGGCGUGGCAGCAGAAGAAAUGA